CAGUAAAUAAUCAUCCGCAGUCGCAGCUGUUGUGUGUUUGUAAAAAGCCCAUUUCAUAAUACUCGUAUAUGAUUGAACAGUUUGAAAAGCACGCGACAAGUGGCAGCAGAUAAUUUGGGCCCCAAAAUGAUGUUUGCCAGGAGUCUCAUUAUCGGAUUAUGUUGCCUUUUGGCCCUAUUGAUCCCUUCAGUCCAGCCGAAUCCUAUUGUUCCUUUGGCGGACGUGGCCACGGAGUUCAUAAUCCUUCACAAUAAUGAUAUGCAUGCCCGAUUCGAGCAAACGAGUGUGACUAGUGGCACCUGCUCCAAGGAGGACGCCAAUACAAAUCAGUGCUACGGAGGAUUCGCCAGGGUGGCCUAUGAAGUUCGCAAAUACCGCAAAGAGGCGCAGGAGGGUGGAACUCCAGUGUUUUACCUCAACGCAGGUGACACCUACACUGGAACAGCUUGGUUCACCGUCUACAAGGACAAGAUCGCCAGUGCUUUCCUUAACAAGCUAUCCCCCGACGCGAUUUCCCUGGGCAACCACGAGUUCGAUCAGAAUGUCGAGGGCUUGGUGCCCUUCCUGAAUGCCGUGCAAUUUCCCGUUCUGGCCUGCAAUCUGAACCUCACUGAGGUACCCGAAAUGGCGGCUGCCAAACAGCUGGCCAACUCCACAAUUCUGGAAACAAAUGGAGUGAAGAUUGGUGUAAUCGGUUACCUCACGCCCGACACCAAGGUUCUAGCCUUCCGGAACAAAGUGGAAUACGAGGAGGAGAUUGUUUCCAUUAACGCAGAAGCUGAGAGGCUCAAGGCUCAGGGUAUCAAUAUCAUCAUCGCUCUGGGUCAUUCUGGCUACCAAAAGGAUCAGGAGAUAGCAAAGAACUGUCCGGAGGUGGACAUCGUCAUUGGUGGCCACUCUCACACUUUCCUGGACGCCAGUCAACCGGUGGCCGACCCCACCGAUUGGGAUCCAGAGGCGGUCCGAGGUCCCUAUCCCACCACAGUGGUGCAGGCCAGUGGCAAAAAGGUGCCAGUGGUGCAGGCAUAUGCCUACACAAAGUAUCUGGGAAAAAUCCAUGUUCAGUUCGAUGCCGCUGGCAAUCUGAUUGAGUUUGAUGGAGCUCCCAUCUUGCUGAAUGCUUCGGUGGCGCAAGAGCAGGAUCUCCUGGACCUGCUUGAAGAGUAUCGCCCCAGACUGGAGGAGCUGGAGAACAUGAUCCUGGGCUACACCAAGGUGUUCCUCGAGGGCGGCAACAUCUGCCGCAUGAGGGAGUGCAACCUGGGAAACCUGGUGACCGACGCCAUGGUCUAUAUUCGCGUGCUGGAGGACAAGGGUGGCGAGUUCUGGACGGAUGCACCUAUUGCCUUUAUGCAGGGAGGAGGAAUCCGAGCCUCUGUCGAUAAAGAGUCCGAUGGAGUCAUAAAUGGAGCCACCCUCUUGGCCGUUCUGCCCUUCGAGAACAACCUCUACGUAACGAGGGUCACGGGAAAGACCCUUCUGGCUGCCCUGGAGCAUUCGGCUGCAGUGCGGUUGCAGGACUCGAACGGUGGAUUCCUUCAGAUGUCCGGACUGCGUGUGGAGUACAACUACAAUAAUGAGCAAGGAAAACGGGUGGUUUCUGCCCAAGCCCUGUGCUCCAAUUGCUCCGUUCCCACAUACAAGGCCAUCGAUGAGGCGGCCCUUUACCAGGUGAUCGUGCCGCAGUUCAUCCUAGAAGGUGGCGAUGGAUACGACCUGGUCGAGGAAACGGAUCCCUACAGUGAGAAACUGAGUCGGAACGACCUGAGUGCCACCAUGGAGUACCUGAAGCAGCGGCACUUUGUCUAUCCGGAGAUCGAGGAGCGGAUUGUGAUCCACGAGAAAACCGACACCGGAUCGGCGUCCGGAAUUGUGGCUUCCGUAACACUGCUGCUGCUCACCUCCCUGCUAACCAGAUUCUUUUAGAUUUGAUGUCGAAAAGGGUAACCUUAUUACAUUUAUAUAAAUAUUUAGAUUGCCUUAUCCUUUCAUGUUAUUAGUUCAUCUAUUUUUCGCCUCCAUUAAGCCUGGUUGCUCUUCAGUUUGUCCCAAACUUUUACACUUUUACACUAUAAAAUAGCAAAUAAAUGUUGUAAAGAGUGAGUAA